AUGUGGCCGUUUAGUGGUAUCUGGUAUAAUGAGGACCCAGAACCCAACACGAUAGUGCGCGUGCCGAUAUCAAAGGUUUUGGUGGACGUAUACAAAAAGGAGCGAAAAUAUGUGUAUUCGAACGAUCGAGCGACAAACAUACGCGAGAAAAAAAGUUGGUUUGAAAAUUGCAUGUCAAAACUUCGUCCCAGUACUCCGCCUGGGAUGCACGUAGAAACGAAAAAACGGCUGAUAAAAAAGUUGACGAUCACAAUCUACAAGAAAAAAAGGAUCAAUAUCCCGGUUGAACUGAAAACGUAA